AUGUCCGGCAUUGCGUUAAUAACGUGUGUUUAUUGCAACCAACCGUUUCAGAAACGCAAUAAAGGUUUGAAACUAUAUGGAGUUGGCACAAAUGUUUGUGCCAAUUUCACUGUUUAUGACAUUCUAGUUGAAUUGUCCAAGGAACCACAAAAUGGUGGUUUUGUUUGCCAAACAUGUUACAGUCUAAUCUGUAGGUUUGGCAAACUAAGAGAAAAAGCUCAAUGUGUUAAAGACGAGCUCCGCGAACGAUGUUUUUCUCCCUGUGUUGGAUUUAAAAGAAAAUCCAGCGAAGAAGAGGCUUCAGGGGCAACGUCUGCCAAACAAGUGGUUUUUCAACUUCCACCAAAAGUUACGACAUCGAUGCAACCGGUAGUAGAGAAAACAGACGCAGAGAAGUCUACUUUCAUAGAUGUUGCUAUCAAUCACAUCAAGAAAUAUAAUUAUUGGUCUGGAAUUAAACAUCUUCUGAAAAACAGUCGUAAAUUUAGAGAUGUUUUUCACCGUCUUCUGGUACAUGAAUCUCGACAGGAAGUUUCGUUUUAUUGGAAAACAAGUCGAAUACCGUCCCAAGAAACCACAAUUGAAAACAUAAAGAAGUUUCAAUGGUUUCGCUUUCUAAAUGAAACUAGGAAGCACCUGCCAAUAUUACAUGCUGUAAUUGAAGGUUCCCUGUCAAACCGAUUGUCCGCUGAUAAGAUUUGUAUUGACGAUGAUGGAAAGUGUGGCUCCUUAGUUCCCGGCUUAGGUUUUACAAUUGGUACCAUACUAAACUUGCGAAAACCCAAGAAAUUUAAUUUUCUACAAAAUAUUAAUGCACUUCAAAUGUACCGAAGUGGCUGCAAUCAAAAGCAUGAACUCUCUGCAAACUGUGACAGCAGUAUGCACACCGACGAUAGCGUACAUUCUUCCUUGAUCUCAGAGUUUGACGAAUCGGCAGAGAGCGAUCAUACCAAAUCAACUAACGGAUCCGAUGAAGACUGUGUUUCAAUGAGCCCAGAUGGGGCCAGUGAUAUUGAAGAUGACGUAGAAACUUUCGAAAGAGAACCCGGAUACAGUCUGUGCUGGGACAACGUUCAAAAGCUCUCUGAAGCCAGACACCAAUCCCAGAAAGUUAAAAAUAAAAUGAUGCUCUGGGCACUGUCAUUCGCUACCAAAAACCGUAUAUCAUUUCGCGACUACGAUGACAUCAGGACCAAAAAAGCAGUCGAUAUCCCUGUUGCGGUUUUUUUGCCUUCACAGAGUGAUUGGACUCGAGUAAGAACAAGGAUGAAAACACUAGUUCAGCGUAUUCUUGUGCGCAACUUUGAGUGUUUCAAGGACACACAAAUACAAUGGCAUAUAUCGCACAAGUACUCUUCUGAGUCACGAUUAAAGAGUGAGAUUGUUAACCUUGGUGUAAUAAAAGCCAACCCUUCCUCCAGCAAAGGUGUGAUUGAGAUAAUGCGACAUCUUGGACAGUAUGUACCAUCACAAAAUGGAAAACCCCUCUAUAACGUUGUAUGUCACGGUGAUCAAUUAUCAAUUGAACGUAUGGUUGAUGCCAGGUUUUCUAUGGCAUGUAGCCAAGACCAUGUCAAUCGUCUUGUUGGGCUCGAACCAAGGCCCCAGGAGUUCCACAAAAGGUGCAUCACAAUGCAGGACACCAUGAACAAACUAUUCAGUGGAAGUUCGGCAAGUGCACGUGGGUCUUUAUUCCAUGUCAAAAUUAAGUUUGGUCACCGUGCAGUGAAAAAGAAGGUGAUUGAUGAUGUUAAUCACACAGUGGAUUGUCUUAACUUUAUGACCGAAGGCUAUACCUGUAUAUUGGCAAUGCAUUUAAGAAGACUGACCAGCCUAUGUGAUAAGCCGACUAUUCAACCGGACCAGCAGAAAGACUACGUUGAAAAGUUAGCAGAGGAAAUAGUUUCUUUUAUUUGGCCGGAUGUAGAUGAAGUACCACUUAGUGAUAGUGAUCAACAGCCAUGCAUUGAUAAUUAUGAUGAUGAAGAUGAUGAUUAUUGCGUAUGUAAAACAGACCUAGGAGGGACCAUGAUUGAAUGUUCUGCACUCUCACAGUGUAAAAGAGGCAGAUGGUUCCACCUCGAUUGUGUUGAAUUACAACCUGAAUCUGUACCAGAUGACGAGUGGUGGUGUAGCCCGGACUGUGAACAAUCAUCAAUUUAUUGUUUCUGUAAAAAGAAAGAAGAUACUGAUGAUGAUAAGUGGAUAGGGUGUGACAGGGAGUUCAUGUGCCCUAAUGGAGAAUGGUUUCAUAUGCGAUGUGUUGGUUUGAAUCAAUGCCCAGAUGGUUCUUGGUUUUGUUCAGAUGACUGUCAAGUUAAAGGGCCUUUAUCAAAGCCAGACCAGGACACCGGUGCUGACUACCUCUUCAAUUACUCCUGUCAUGUAUUAUGGAGAGGGUUAUUCCAUAUGGCAGAAAGAGAUGCAGAACGCGAAAACGAUGGUCCCGCAAUGAUGUCGAAUUGGAGAGUUUCAAUGUUAGAUUUCUGGGAAAAUAACCAUUAUAAAUAUCUUAUAAUUGGCCAUAGAUUGCUAGCAUGUAUAAAUGGUUAUGUUUCGCCAAGGCAAGGAGAAGAAAUGCUUUGGAAUAGCACUGCUAACCUGAAAGGAGGAGCUGGGAACAACAUACCGCUAGAUCUUGUUAACGAGUAUCUAAAUAAUGACUUUAAACAGAACCUAAAACACUGCGAUGGUCGCUACACAAACACCCAUGUUGCUAGAUGUAGUCAGCUGGUUGGAAGAUUGGCCACUGACUUAGAAUGUGUUUACAUGACCAAAUUUAUGGACGAAUAUGUUCAUAAAUCUAAAACUACAUCUGCUAAUUACAGACGAGACGUCUCCAAAUUUGUAAAGGAGUACAGAGACGAUGGCAUAUUUCAACAAAUUCCGGGUCGGUAUCACGCUGGAUUUUCCAACUUUCGAAAUAAAGUAGCCAUUCACAGUGGUGAUAAGUUGGUAUCCCGAUUGAAAUCACACUGUAGAACCCUUGACCUGUUGAAGGAAAUCCUUCCACAGGAUUAG